AUGCGUUUCUCCGUUCUUGUCGCUUUAUUCGCCCUCUUUGCUGUUUCCUACGGAUUUUUGUACGAAAUGGAGGAUUCGUAUCCAGUCGCUGGAGAACUACCAAAGAGAAGUUUGGAGAACUUCUGGAGAAACAUUCAUCUUCAAAUGCCAUCCGGCCGUGGUGGACAAAAGAGAACCGAAAGUUUGAGCAGAGCAAGUGCCAAUGCUUACUACAGACUUGGCUGA